UCAUCAACCCAAAACGAACAUACAGAAGAAGCUUCCAUCCUUCACCCCAGAAAUUUCACUUAGCUCUGCUAUCUCUCUCCAUUAGCUACCAACCACCCCUCUCUGCCUCUGCCUCUGCCUCUGUCAAAAAGCAGAGAGGUCAAGGAAAAAAACUCUGCUUUUCCCCUUAAAUUUUUCUUUUUUAACAAACCAUAUAGAGCGAGCAUGGAAAACAAGAAGCAAGUUGGUGGUAGCUCCUCUUCUUCUUCAAUGGAUCAUCUUUUUGGUCCUAAUGAUUCUUCUUCAUCAUCAUCUUCUUCCAGCUACUUCGGCACCAUCUUCCCCCCACCUUCCACGAUUAUGGGGAGGGACGGCGGUGGUAACAAAUACGCCGGAACUACUUCUCCUUCUGCAGAGAAUUGCAACGCCCGUUAUGGAGGUGGAAAGGAGAAAAACGGCGGUGGUGGACAUGGUGGGACGGUGGAGCCGUCGUGCUACUUGAGCUCAUCAAUCUACUACGGCGGCCAAGAGAAUUACAACUCCUCUUCCUCCCCGCCGGCCCACGGGAACCCCUCCGCCUCCGCCCGUCACAACACUACUACCGACGACCCAAAUGGCAACAACAACGCUAACUCUGCCUCUAGAGGCAACUGGUGGAAAGGUUCGCUUUAUUACUGAUCUAUAACGCCCGGCAACUAAUGAUCUAAUUGAGGUAUGAAGUUUGGACGUUAUUAAGAAAUGUUCUGUAUUCCAAAAGUUUCGUUUUUUUUUUUAAGACAACAGUAUUACUUAUUGAUCUGUACUUGUGCUGAAACUUGGGAUCAUGUGCAUGUGCAGGGAACCCCAAAAGCUAAGAGGAGGAGGACUAGUUUGCAAUUUGCAUGUCUACCUACCGAAAUAAACAAAGAUGGAAUACUAGUGUUGAUCUUUAUAACCAUAACUAUAUGUGUACUAUGGAGUGUGCUAGUGUCAAUAUUGGUAGAAGUUAGCUCGGUAUAGAAGAGAUAGACGAGUAGUCGAUCGGCUGGAUGGAUGAAUUGUAGAUCAUGAUCGAUCAUCAUCAUGCGGCAUGUGAAAUCGAUACGUGCUGUGGUUUGCUGGGUUCUUUUUGUCCCAGCAAAUUAGUUGUUGUGUGAAGUGUCUCUAUCUGAGUGUUUGUUCUUCUUUAGAAUGUUCUGUUAAAAAUGCCUCGUUCACUAACUUUUGCAAAUUGCAAGAGGAGAAAAUGAUAUUGCAUUGCACUAUUGAUUCGAUUUGGGUUGUGAGAGUUGGAUUGUUGGAGCUGUGACAGUGAGCGGAUAGUGGGCCUUAAAUUGUUGGGCUUAGAUUUUUGGUCCGCCACAAAUUAUCCAUCCAAAUAAAGACCCAAUUCCCAU